UCGCGCAGAAUAGUCGAAAUACGAAACAAACGACGGACUAUCACCGAGUUGUACAGAGGCUCCGAACGGUUCUCUAAAAAACUGAAAGUAAUUCUUCGGAAUAGUUGAGAUUUACGGAGUAUUAGAUUGAUCAACAAUCGGAAGAUUGAUUUUUACGGUAAUUAGGAACGUUCCCCAUUCACAUCCUGAUUUUUUAUGGGCAAUGGUGAAUGUCGUCUCCGAAGUCUGAGAGAAUCGCGGGGAAGGAUUGACUUCGCUUCCGGAAAUUUGAAUUUUUUUUUUUUUGAAAAAUUGAAUGAGCCGAGUGAAUUGAAUAUCAUUGUCAUCGGAAUUGAUAAUGAUUGGGCCGUCGGCAACUGCGAGUGGUGUUUCAAAUCGCGAAGAGGAUCCAGUGAGAGUUAAACGAAAGCUCUUCGAGGAUUUGGAUAUUGACAGUUUUUGCGAGGAAUUUCAGACGACGAAAAAGUGCCAUUCGAUGGAGGUGGAUGGAUUGGGGAUGUCCCAGGUGGUACAUCAGUCUGAUUUUUCAACCAAUUCCGAGCAUGAUACAUCAGGACCAGUGGCGAGACUGGAGGUACUCGUGGUGGAUGGUACCUGGGACGUCUCGAGCCUCGGGGGUGCCGAUCUGAUUGACCUUUCGUCAUCGAUCAGCGGAAAUGCAGGGGUGCAGGGUAUCACUGACGUGGGGAGUAUUGAUGGUAAUUAUGGAACCAUUCUUUAUAACUGGGAACCAACUGUCGAGGAUGCGGGACAUUUGACGCAAACGUGCACCUCGGAGCAACAGACGUCGAGUGCUGGAUCCUCAAUGUCUUCUAGUUUGCCGGAGGAUCAGGAGAAUGGAAAUCUAUCGUGGCUUUUGGAUUUCAAGUUAGAUUCGCUUAUCGAAGCACCGGAGGAUAAACCCCCUGCCCCACAGCCUCGGAAUAAUUAUACAGGCUCUAGAAAUCGAAAUACCGGGACCAAUCGAGUGGACACAAAUGCGUCGUACGCAACUGAGAUUCGUGGCAAUUACACCGAGAAUAAUCCACCUGGCCGUCAACCCCAAUCAACCUCCUAUGCAUCAGAUAAUCGAAAUUUCUCGACGUCUCGCUACGGCGGUCCAAAGAAGCCCCCCUUCACAUACACAGAAUUAAUAGAACACGCUCUCCAAGAACGAGGGGAAUUGACCGUAUCAGCGAUAUAUCAGUGGAUUUCAGAGCACUUUCCGUAUUACAAGAGCAACGACGAUCGCUGGAAAAAUUCUGUGCGACAUAAUUUAUCGAUAAAUCCACAUUUUCGAAAGGGAUCCAAAGCACCUCAUGGAGCUGGACAUUUGUGGGCCAUUGCCAAUCGUGACGGUAGGCCACGGGCAUUGAGCACUCAGCAAAUAACUUCAGUUCCAACGCAAAAGCAAAUUCUGAAGAGUAUUGUAGAGAGCAGUUAUCCUCGGAGAAGCAAUAAUACAGUGAGACAAAACGUAGUCAUAGAUGAAGUAGCUGCGGCAACGGCGAGUAUCUGUCCAUCACCAGAGGAGAAUGUCGUGGGCUCGGUUACACUGGAGCAUUGCGCUGAGCAAAUACUCAGUGGAAUAAAAAGAGACGUCGAAGUGCAGUACCUCAUGCCAAUGGCAGUGCAGAAUGAUGCAGAGGAUGCUAGUCAACAGAUACAGCAGGCUGAGCAGAACUGCGGAGACAAGGAAACUGAGCGUGACUGUUGGAACGUUCUUGCAGACUUUUUGAACCCCGUGGCCAAGGAAGUAGUAGCCGAAGAGUGUGGUCUGAUUGGUGAGAGUUACCUCGUAACCGAUCUCAAUCCAGCUGCUCUAGGUCUAAACAUGGCUGAGUCAGAAAUCAUCACCUCCGAUCAUCUUUUCGGCGAAGAACUGAGCUUUCAAUUUUACGAACUGACAUCUUCAUCUCAAUUACAGUCAGCCUGACACCGGGACAAAAGUCGUAUUCGUAUGAUAAUUGUCGACGAGAAAAAAUUACAGAAUGUGGAAAUUGUCAAUGGUAAUGCUGAUAAGGAUGUCGACAACAUCGAUGGAGCUGAACAAUCGACGAUUAACAUACUUGACAGUUGAUUAAAUUGGCUAUUAAUGUGCCUUAACUACUAGAGCCAUAAGAGAACACGUAAAAGUAUUGAGAAUGGAUGCUGCAAUUAAGAUGCGUUUGAGCAAAAAAAACUAAAAACCAAAAAAAAAAAGCUUGCAUGAGUCAACUCUGAUAAUUUAUAAUUUUCCUCGUAUUUAUCACGUUUAUCUCAUAGCCUUUAUGGAAUUGACAUCAUGUUUUUUGUAUUAGUCGAAGAAAAAUAUAAUAUUUACAAUUUCCCAAAUACUCUCAUGCUUUCAAAAUAAAUGGAAAGAAUAAUCUUACUCAUUUUACAAAUUCUAAUUUGUACAGUUAUCAUUUCUGCGUUUUGUUCUUCGGCUUUUUCUGCACUGAUUUU